UUCAUCUUACCGUCCUUUCGCAUCUUGAUAGAGCGCUCGUCUAUUUAACGUGCCAGGAUCAAGUCCUAGGUCGCAUACGUCCCGCCAUGGCUCCGCCGAACUUGCAAGGACUCAAUCUAGUCCCUUCAACUGUGUCCAACCCUUAUCUCUCCGACUCUCAGGAUCUUCUAUCUAACCCACACUUCCCCGAGCUCAAUGCUCAACUCGACCUAUGGACCACCCUUGCUUUCGAGUCGGACGAGCCUCUCGGACGUAGGACUUCUUCCGCUUCCAACGGCGGUGCUGGCCAACCGUCCCCUUCUGGUGAUGGGGAGGACGAAGAGGAUGAGGAUCCCGUCGCCGGACCGGCUCCCACUGAUAAACACGACAAUGUCGUUCUUGCGAACCCAGUUAAUAACAUCUCUUCCUCUGCGUCCACGCAAGCGACCCAAGUUCCAUUCGACAUCAACAGCAUCCUUGCAGGGCUGGGUGUGGACCCGUUUGCCCUUCCUUCCUUCCCCCAGAGUCCGCUCCCUGCAGCAGCUCCCUCCCUUGCCCAAAUUCUCUCUCUCUACCCCGUGCACGCGCUCGGUUAUCCACCACCUCCGGCUCAAGCCGCCGCUUCACCGGGAUCGCAUGCUCAACCCCCUGCUAAACGUGCACGCACCCGCAAGAUCUCCACUUCUACAAUUGCGGACGACAUUCCAAUUUCGCCGAGCACACCCGAUGGUUCUGCGCCGCUUUCCGCUUCGGAAGAUAAGCGCCGACGAAACACGGCCGCUUCGGCCCGGUUCCGGCUGAAAAAAAAGGAGCGAGAGGUGGCGUUGGAGACGAAGGCAAAGGAACUUGAGCAGCGGGUUGCGGAACUGGAGCGAGAGUGCGAGGGAUUGAGAAGGGAGAACGGUUGGCUGAAGGGCCUUGUUGUUGGCGUGACUGGAGCUGGCGCUGCGCAGUCAUCGCAGACGGGAUCGAAGAGACAUCGCGAGGGAAGCGUGGAACAAUUGGAAAGCAAAUGAAGAGCGGCAGGUUGGAUGACAGGCCCUGUAGCCCUGUUUGAGGUCGUGUAUCCUCCAUCGUCUCUCUGGGUCUGUAACACUAUAUUCUUCAUUUUCACCUGAUGGCAGUGAUAUCUAAUCAUGACAUCCUGGUAUGAGGGGGGAAAGGCGUCUAAGCAGAGGAAGCGAUACACUGGAUACCUGCAGUCAUAAUCAGCAGAAUAUAUUUUUACUUACUUAUGUUUCAUGAUCGCCACUCUUGGUAUAUCUUGUAUGUUCCUUGAACCGUUGCAAUGAUGAAACUGUUUGCCUCUUGCCC